CGCCGGCCACCGGCGGCGGCUGUCAGGAUGCUCCGGCCCUCGGGCCGCUCCGCUGCCAGCCAUUCGCUCGGUCCCUGGAGACCCGCGCUCGGCCCGGGAGCACGGGAGCCACAGCCGGAGCCGGAGGCGGGAGCAGCGAGCAGGAGCCCCGGGCUCGCGAACGCGCGAUGGUCGUGGCCCCAGGCGUCGCUGGGCCACCCGGUGUGAGUGCGGCUGCCCCACGCCGCGGCCUGGCCCCGAGGACGAUGCCCCGGCCGCCUGCCGGCUCCCGUCGGCACCAUGAGUGAUGAGCGGCGGCCGCCCGGCAGCGCCGUGGGCUGGCUGGCGUGCGGGGGCCUCUCCCUGCUGGCCAACGCCUGGGGCAUCCUCAGCGUGGGCGCCAAGCAGAAGAAGUGGAAGCCCCUCGAGUUCCUGCUGUGCACGCUCGCGGCCACCCACAUGCUCAACGUGGCCGUGCCCAUCGCCACGUACGCCGUGGUGCAGCUGCGGCGGCAGCGUGCCGACUACGAGUGGAGCGAGGGCCUCUGCAAGGUCUUCGUCUCCGCCUUCUACACCCUCACCCUGGCCACCUGCUUCUCCGUCACCUCCCUGUCCUACCACCGCAUGUGGAUGGUCCGCUGGCCCGUCAACUACCGGCUGAGCAAUGCCAAGAAGCAGGCGGUGCACACGGUCAUGGGCAUCUGGACGGUGUCCUUCCUGCUGUCGGCCCUGCCCGCCGUCGGCUGGCACGACACGAGCGAACGCUUCUACGCCCACGGCUGCCGCUUCAUCGUGGCCGAGAUCGGCCUGGGCUUCGGCGUGUGCUUCCUGCUGCUGGUGGGAGGCAGCGUGGCCACGGGCGUGGUCUGCACGGCCAUCGCGCUCUUCCAGACACUGGCCGGGCCGGGGGGGCGCCGGGCGGACCGCCGCGCCUUCACCGUGCCCACCAUCGUGGUGGAGGAUGCGCAGGGCAAGCGCCGCUCCUCCAUCGACGGCUCCGAGCCCGCCAAGACCUCGCUGCAGAUCACGGGCCUGGUGGCCGCCAUCGUCUUCAUCUAUGACUGCCUCAUGGGCUUCCCCGUGCUGGUGGUGAGCUUCAGCAGCCUGCGGGCAGACGCCUCGGCGCCCUGGAUGGCGCUGUGCGUGCUGUGGUGCUCGGUGGCCCAGGCCCUCCUGCUGCCCAUGUUCCUCUGGGCCUGCGACCGCUACCGGGCCGACCUCAAGGCCGUCUGGGAGAAGUGCGUGGCCCUCAUGGCCAACGACGAGGAUUCGGAUGAUGAUGCCAGCCUGGAGGGUGGCGGUGUGCCCCCGGACCUGGUGCUGGAGCGCUCCCUUGACUACAGCUACGGAGGCGACUUUGUGGCCCUGGACAGGAUGGCCAGCUACGAGCUGUCCCUGGAGGGGGGCCUGCCCCAGAUCUGCCCGCCGGGGCCCGUGCAGGAGGACAAGAUGCAGUACCUACAGGUCCCGCCCACGAGACGUUUCUCGCACGAAGACGCGGACCUGUGGGCCGCGGUCCCGCUGCCCGCCGUCCUGCCGCGCUGGGGCUCCGGCGAGGACCUAGCCGCCCUGGUGCUGCCCGCCGGGCCCGACCGGCGCCGCGACAGCCUGCUGCCCUUCGCGGGGGACGCGCCCCCUUUCCGUCCGCGCCGCCGCUCGGCGGAGAGCCUGCUGCCGCUGCGCCCCGCGGCCCGCAGCUCGCCCACCAGCAGCCCGCGCUGCCGCCCCGGGCCUGGCGCCCGCUCCGCCUCGGCCUCGCGGCUGCCGGACGCCUUCGCGCUCACCGCCUUCGAGCGCGAGCCGCAGGCCCUGGGUCGCGCGCCCGCCCCGCCGGCGCGCGUCCCCGACGCCGCGGACCCCGCCCAGCCCCGUGAGGACGCGGCGCCCCCUGGCGGUGCCGGCGCGCAGUGGAGCCCCGGGCCGCGCCCAGCCGCGCAGGCGCACGCGCGGCCCCUGCGGGCGGCCCUGAGCGCGUCCUGGGGCGAGCCCGCCGACCUGCGAGUGGCCGGCGGCGGCGGCAGCACCAGCAGCUUCCUGAGCUCGCCGUCCGAGUCCUCGGGCUACGUGACGCUGCACUCGGACUCGCUGGGUUCCGCGAGCUAGGGGCCGCCCGCGGGUCAAAGCACCAAAGAUGCCACCUGCCCAGCGGGGCUCGGCGCAGGGGGGCACUGAGCCCGCCAUGGACGUCCGGACAUGUGCCCGCCCUCCCGGGGCGGCAGCGCGGGGCGCAACGUGUUCGCCCGAGAUGCAGGCACUGCCUGGAGGGGUGGCGGCUGCCCUGGACAACUGCCUCGGGCACUUCAUCUCUGGGUGAUGCAGAGUGAGGCUGAACUUGGGUAACGGCGGGCUGUGCACGUGCGCAGCUUGGAACAGCUGGGCUGGGGGCUGGGGAUCCCCGGGACAGGGCCGCCACCAGAUGGAACAGAGCCCGGCUCUGCGCGGGGAAGCCACUGGACUGCGCCCGGCUUUGCCCUCAGCAUUAGAACUGUCUCCCCUCAGGGACGGGGUGCAGCGGGUCUCUAAGCACAGGGGCCUUCAGAGCCCAAACGAGCUCUCAGAGCAGGUCUCCCUGCAGACCAGUUCGGCCUCUGGUCCCCCAUCUGUGACGAGCAGGUGGCCGUGUUAACUCUCAGGACUGAAGACGUCUGCUCGUCCGAGUGCCCUGGCCGCUGAGUGGACACCAUACCUACUUUGACCACUAGUACCGCCCUCUUUCAUUACUUCUCAUUGCCUGUCCCCACCACGUUGGCCACCUCUGGGACUCCAGCCACGAGGGUCGGGGGUGUGUGGUGGGAACGACUGAAGCAAAGCAAGAGUGGGCUUCCUUUUUCCGGUGCCCAUGCCCAGCUUCAGCCCGACCCUACAGGUCCGGCCGGAAGGGAUCCUGGCCUACAACCUCCCAGGCUCUGAGCUGAAGGUCUGGUUUCUGGCCAGUGUGCUCCCCCACCCUGUGGGUGGGGCUCCUCUUUCCUGUCCCUCUGGGCAGUCCCCCAAGCCGAGCUCCCCAUGGAGGAGCUUACUGUCCCCCAGCAGCUCCGGGCUUUGCCAUGGGCCCUGGAGAGGAGCCUGCCGGGUCUUCGGUGGGGGAAGCCCCUAGAUAUGGGCUAGGGAGAGGCCCCCGAACAGCUGAGUUGGAGGGGCGGGGCCAGUGCAGAGGCUGUCCUGUCCAGGCCCCCCGCCUCCAUGCAGUGGCCCCCAAACGGGAGGCUCUGGAGCAGACCCAGGGGCCUGUUCACUGCCCCCCUCCGCUCUGCCUCUGUUCUGCCGGGGUCCAAGCCCUUCUCCUCGCCCCUCGGACUGGGUCCCCGCUGCAGAAGAGGCCCCUGGGAGGGGAGAGGACGUGCUGCCUGGCUCCAUCGCUGCUGUGGAGGCUCCUGCAGCGCCAGGCCGGCCCCGGGGUAACCCCGGGGGACGAGCUGGCCUCAGGGGAGCAAGGCACAGGACUGCAGUCCAGCCCGGCCAGCGCUCCUGUGCCUUUCAGGACCGGUAUGCCAUGAGGUCACCAGCUGGCCACGGUCCCCCCUCAGGCUGGCCCACUGGGGUUUCACUCUAUUUCCUAUCCAAGGGCAAUACAUGCAAGGGGACAUGGUACUCGGAAGUCCCUCUAAUUGUGGUUUUUACCAAAUAAAGAGCAGGGAGAACCCCGAGCAGAUGACCCUGGGGCUCGGGGCCCCCUCACGUUGCGCAGCUUCCAGGCCCGUUUGCUGCAUUGGUGAGCGGCAGCUGGACCCUGGGCUG